AAUAAAUAAAUAAUAUUCCAAAAAAAAAAAGCCGAAAAUCGAAGCAACGAAAUGCUUCUCCCCACCCAAAUCCCCAUCGUUCCUAAUCCUCUCCCUCCAAAAACCCUAACCCGCCCCCGCCGUCGCGACGCCGCCGUCUCCGCCGCCUACUCAGUCUCCGACGAGUCGCUCUCCGCCCGCGGAUUCACCUUCCACCGCAGCACCGAGCGUCUCAAUCUGGACCACCUGAACUCAGUAUUCGCGUCGGUCGGAUUCCCCCGCCGCGACCUGGAGAAGAUCCGCACGGCGCUCGAGCACACGGACGCCGUGGUGUGGGCGGAGUACGAGAAGACGCGGCGGCCGGUGGCGUUCGCACGUGCGACGGGCGACGGCGUGUUCAACGCCAUAAUAUGGGACGUGGUGGUGGACCCAAGCUUCCAGGGGAUAGGCUUGGGGAAGGCUGUGAUGGAGCGGACGGUCGCAGCCCUGUUACGGAAAGGGAUCCGAAAUAUCGCGCUCUAUUCGGAGCCCCGCGUUUUGGGCUUUUACAGGCCGUUGGGUUUCGUCGCGGAUCCGGGUGGGAUCCGAGGUAUGGUCUACGUUAGGAAGCCUAAAAAAUAAUUAUUUAUUUAUUUAUUUAUUAUAUAUAUAUAUAUAUGUAAUUCUUAUCACCGCUAAAAUAUUUUUUUAUGUUUGGUACAUUAUUUAACGAUUCUUUUAUGAAUGGUAAGUUUGAUAUA